AUGCUCUCCAGAGUCUUCCCUGGGAUUGAAGAAUUACUCACAGUCGUCCCUGUCGCGUACCCACCCCGCUCCGGGUGUCGGCCGCCUGCGAGACCGCCAAAGCCCGAAAAAAACGCCAAAAUCGCACCACUAGCGCGCGCAUUCGACGUUCCUGUGUCCCGCCUACCGGCGCGUCUCCACAGUCGGCAAGCUCUGGAAGCGAGUGCAAAUGCGAUGAUUCAGAGGGAUAUUGAAGCGACUGGACAUCAAGUACCGGUGUCAGUCGGCAAGAUGUGGGUAUAUAACUUUGUUAAACGCCUACCAGAUGGCCUUUACUGGGUAAAGCAAAAGCCAGCGGAGAGGGAGAGAAUCGAAGAUGAGGGUGAUAGUAUCCUACACACCUGGUACGAUCGUUUUGAGCCCUUUGUGAAGCGUAUCUCGCUCUCGAAUAUAUACAAUUUUGAUAAGACUAGCUUCCAGCUUGGCCAAGGAAAGACUCAAAAGGUUAUCAGUCGUAACCGGUACCGCACAAGGCUAUUAUCAGGGGAACGAGGUGAUCUUGGACCAGAAUUAAGUGUGUGGUAG